AUGACUGCACCUGGCCCUUCGCCAGCUUCUGCCGCCACAACGACAGUCUUCUGUGCUGGCGUGCAACGGCAACGCGACCCGCCCGUAUUUCACGGCAAUGACGAGCACGACGUCGAGGUUUGGAUCGUUGAGUACGAACUCGUCAUUCAGGCGCAAGUCGCGCAGGCACUACCACCAUCACCACCUGCCACUACACCGCUGACAUACGCGGCCGUCGCUGCCGGACCACAGGCUCCAUCUGUUUCUGGCGCCUACCGGGCCACCGGGUCCUUCUACACGACGCCGCCGCCGCCCACAGUCUCGGAACCAAUUAAUGGUGUCGUGGACGGAGAGCUACCACACUGGCUCCGAGGAACACUUCUGCGAAAUGGUCCAUGUCUUUCCGCGAUUGGUCCCGACCGCUACAACCACGUAUUUGACGGCCUCGGUUUGGUGAGGCAAUUCAGCAUUGAGAACGGUCAAGUAUUCUACAGAAACCGGUUCCUGAGGAGCCAAUCGUACAUCCGCAACCACAGGGCCAACCGCAUCGUUGUCUCGGAGUUCGGAACUUUGGGUCACCCCGAUCCUUGUGCCUUGUUCGACCGCCUGACCUCUUAUUUCACUGUGGACAUAUCGGAUAAUGCCCUCGUGAAUGUGAUGCCCAUAGGUGAUGAAGUAUACGCCAUGACGGAGUCACCGUACAUGUUCCGAGUGGAUCCCGUUACUCUGGAGACUGUCGAGAAGAAGAAAUUGACGGACUUGGUAGCCGUACAUACCGCCACGGCACAUCCACACCUGGACCCGGAUGAUGGCUCUACAUACAACAUUGGGACAAAGAUGGGACUUCAUCCAGGGUUUGUCCUCAUUCACUACCCUUCGAGUGGCGUGAACGGCGUCAGAGCCGUGGGCAAGAUACCAUUCAGCUCCCGCACGUCGGUUCCCUACGUGCACAGCUUUGCCCUGACGGAGAAUUGGGUGGUCGUAUUAGAACAGCCUCUCGCCCUGCACUUGCCGACUAUGCUUCGGUGUAAGUUACUAGGCGACAAGGCGUACCUGGAUGCCCUGAAAUUCGAUCCGACAAAAGGCGUCCGCUUUCACGUGAUGAACAAGAAAACCGGAGAACUGCACCCAGCCGUGUUCGAGGCCGCCACCUUUUUCAUAUUCCACCACAUAAACGCCUUUGAGCAAGGCGAGGACAUCAUCGUGGAUGCCUGCUGCUUCGACAACGACAACAUCGUGAGGAGUCUAGUCUUCACGGAAACAAAUCCUGGGAAAUUCGAGAUGGCUCACCUUCGCCGCUUCACGCUGCCGCUGAAUCGAGGCGGGAGCGAGGGAACCACCGUCAUGCCGCAGAACCUGGCGAAGGGAGACCUGUACGGCGAGCUUCCUCGCGUCAACCAGAACUAUAAUGGGAAGCCAUACCGGUUCGCCUACUGCACCAGCCAUGUUCCGGGCCAGGAGCACAGGAUGUUUCUGUCCAAGAUUGACGUCACCACUGGCGAGUGGCAACGCUGGGAGGGACAGGGCUGGUACCCGUCCGAGCCUGUCUUCGUCCCUCGUCCCGGUGGCGUCGAGGAGAGACGACGGGGUCGUCCUCAGUUCCCUGCUUCAAGAGGACAACGAAAAGAGACUGGCACUCGUGUGCUGGAAGCACGAAGCUUCCAGCAGUUGGCUAUGGUUGAAUUCGAUUGUCCCUCCUCGGUUCCCGGUGAUUUCCACGGCUGGUUUUUCCAGGACCAAGAGAAGAAAGAGUAG